CGGGCGUCGGUUGAGCGCUUCCGGGUCGAGGGGUCAGAGGUCGGAGCUGAGGCCGGGGAGGCCUCAAGAUGGCGGCGGCGGGCGGGGAGGAGGAGGAGGAGGCGGUGCGGCGCUGAGGGGACGACGACGAGGGCGGCCCCUCCACAAAAUGUCGGGGAAAGGGGAGCGGAGCCGGCAGCCUGGGGAGCCGCGGGCGUUUGUUGUGUCUCCUGCGUUAAAUGAUUGAAUUCCUGGUCACGCGUCGCCUUCCCCGCCGGACCGGAAAAGGCGCCGUGCUGCCUUUGAAUUCCACCAGUUAGUGAUGGCUUGAACUAAACCCCUCUCCCAUUUCGAGGGUGAACCAUACCGCCUCCAAGGAUCGAACGCCGAGGAAACUAUGACGAUGGCUCUUAGGAGCCGCGGGCGCCCCCGCCUUUCAUCUCCCAGCGGGAUGCUCCGUACCCGAUCGCCCCCCGGGCCAAGCAGCUAGAGGGACGUAGGGACCGAGUCCGACGAUGGAGUUGGAGCAUCCAAAAACCCAGCGGCGAAAUUAAGGCUCCCCACCCCGCCCCCGCCCCUCCACCCGAAGGACCCGAAGCUCGAUCCCGUCGCCGCCGCCUCCUCCUCCUCCUCCUCCUCCGCAAAAUGGCAAGUAGACGAAAGUCAACUCCCCCUUGCAUGGUCCUUGCCAGCCAACAAGUGGCCAGCCUAGAAACGGUAGCCGAAUCUGACGAAGGUCCCCCUCUACUUGCCCCCGCAGAGACCAGCCCCACGGUGAGCCCGGCGAGCGCGGAAGACGCCCGGGGCCGGGCGGACGACGGGCCGACCAAGAGAGUGGAAGGCGGCUACGAGUGCAAAUACUGCACCUUCCAGACGCCCGACCUGAACCUGUUCACCUUCCACGUGGAUUCGGAGCACCCCAACGUCGUGCUGAACUCCUCCUACGUCUGCACGGAGUGCAACUUCCUCACCAAGCGCUACGACGCCCUCUCGGACCACAACCUGAAGCACCACCCGGGCGAGGAGAACUUCAAGCUGAUCAUGGUGAAGGGCAACAACCAGACGAUCUUCGAGCAGACCGUCAACGACCUGACCUUCGACGGCAGCUUCGUGAGGGAGGAGGCGGAGGCGGCCCGGGCCGAGCCCCCGGAGCCCCCGUCCCCGCCGGGCAUCUCCAUCAGCAAGACCCCCAUCAUGAAGAUGAUGAAGACCAGGGCGGAGACGAAGCGGAUCGCCGUCUUCCACAGCCCGGCCGGAGAGCCCGGCGAGGAGAGGGAGCGGGAGGCGGACCGGAGCCCGGCCUCGUCGGACUCCGGCUCGGCCCCGGGCGGCGCCCCGCCGGACCCCCCGGCCGCCCCGGUCCUCCGGCCCGGGUUCGCCCAGGUGAUAGCCACCGUCUCCGCCCCGCAGAACCCCGGCCUGCUCCCCAAGGUCCUCAUCCCCGUCAGCAGCAUCCCGGCCUACAACGCCUCCCUGGACGCCAACCCCCUGCUGCUGAGCACCUACAACCGCUUCCCCUACCCGACCGGCUCGGAGAUCACCGUCCUGUCGGCCCAGGCCCGGCACACGGAGGAGCAGAUCAAGAUCUGGUUCUCCGCUCAGCGGCUGAAGCACGGCGUCAGCUGGACCCCCGAGGAGGUGGAGGAGGCCAGGCAGAAGCAGUUCAACGGCGCGGUGCACACGGUGCCCCAGACCAUCACGGUCAUCCCCGCCCACCUGUCCCCGGCGGGCAACGGCCUGCCCUCCAUCCUGCAGACCUGCCAGAUCGUCGGCCAGCCGGGCCUGGUCCUCACCCAGGUGGCCGGGGCCGCCCCCAUCGCCCUGACGGUGGCCGGGGUCCCCGCCCAGCCUCAGGCGCAGAAGAGCCGGGCUCGCGCCACCCCGCCGCCCCCGCCGCCGGGCGACGGCCAGCCCGCCGCCGCCCCGGCGCCCCCCCAGCCCCGGGACCCCCGGCCCGAGGCGGCGGCGCCCCCCGACGCGGCGGGCGUCCGGGCCAAGAAGACCAAAGAGCAGCUGGCGGAGCUGAAGGUCAGCUACCUGCGGGGCCAGUUCCCGUCCGACGCGGAGAUCGCCCGGCUCAUGGGCGUCACCGGCCUGACCAAAGGGGAGAUCAAGAAGUGGUUCAGCGACACCCGCUACAACCAGCGGAACGCCAAGGGCCAUCAGGGCGGCCCCCCCGGCGGCGGCGCCAUCGUCAUCGACUCCGGCGACGAGACGGCCGAGCCGCCGCCCGCCGGCGGGGGCCCGCGCCUGCGGGGGGCCCGCGGGCCCGCCCCCGACUUGCCGCCGCCGCCGCCGAAGGCCCGGGAGAAGACGGCCGGGCAGGCGGGGGCCCCCGGGGCCGGCCCCGUCCCGUCCGACGGAGAGCCCGACGGGCCGGGGGCCCGGGCCGGGCCCCCGCACCGGGACGCGGACGCCCGGUUCGCCCCGAGGAGGAGGCCGGGGGCCUCCGGGCGGGAGGACCGGGGAGAGGAGGAGGAGGAGGAGGAAGAGGACGACGACGACGACGAUGAGGAGGGGCAGGAGGAGGAGGAGGAGGACGACGACGACGACGAGGCGGGACCCGGCGGUUGUCGAGACGGGGCCGGGGGAGGAGGGGCGGCCCCCGGGGAGGAGGCGGGCGGACCCAGGUGGAGCGCGGCGAACAAGGCGGGCAAAAAGUCCCCCGAGCAGCUGCACCUCCUGAAGAGCGCCUUCGUGCGCACCCAGUGGCCCUCGGCGGAGGAGUACGACGGGCUGGCCCGGGAGAGCGGGCUGGCCCGCACGGACAUCGUCAGCUGGUUCGGCGACACCCGCUACGCCUGGAAGAACGGCAACCUCAAGUGGUACUUCCACUAUCACCACCACCGCCACCACCACCGCCCCCACCACGGGCCCGGCCCCGACAGGCCCAACGGACAGCCCCCGGCCAGGAGGAGGGGCCGCGGGAGGCCCAAGGGCAGGGGCCGGGGCAGGCCGCGGGGGCGGCCCCGGGGGGGGGCGGAGGCGGACCCCGGCGGCCGCGACCGGGGGGCCUCGCUCCUCAGGUUCAAGACGGGCCCGGCGGUCCUGCGGGACUACUACGUGAAGCGCGGCUUCCUCGACGAGCAGGACCUGGACGACCUGGUGGCCCGCUCCCACAUGGGCUACGGGCAGGUGCGGGACUGGUUCGCCGAGAGGCAGCGGCGGGCCGAGGCGGGGCUGGCGCUCUUCGAGGGGGACGGCGCCGGCGAGCGGCCCGCCGGCGACCGGGGCGGGGCGGGGGAGGAGGAGGAGGAGGAGCGGGACGAGGAGGAGGAGGACGAGGACGAGGAGGAGGAGACGGACGACAGCGACACCUGGGAGCCCCCCCGCCACGUUCGGCGUAAGCUCGCCAGGGCCGGGGAUUGACAGCUAUCCAACAGGGCGAAGCCAUUGCCGAGAACCUCAAGGAGACUGACCGCCACCAGGCCAAUUCUCACAUGAAGCCGCGAACAUCUUCGGACCGACGCAGACACCCUUCACUCUCUCUCGCAGCGUAGGACAGAACACUCGAAUGGAGCGGAAUUUAAUGUUGUGCCAAAGUUUAAAAACAAAAAAAAACAAACACAAAGACUACUGCGGAAGGGGAAACUUGCGCACUGUAAAUAAAAAAAACCCCGACGAAAAGACAACUUGUAAAAAAAAAAAAAAAAAAUGCAGAUUUUAAUGCAGUACAUUUUUAUUAUGAUACAUAAUGUAUUUCUUAGGCCUUUUCAAGGGGAUUCAGUGACCACUAGAUUAUUGUCCUCUAAUAUUUUAUCCCGCUUAAUACCGUACGUUCUAGUAAAAGAUGGGGUUCACGAUCUGUGGUCUUUGAUAUGUGAUUAAGCUUAUAGCUUUGAGUGACCAAACAUUUUACAGAGUAAAAGCUCUUAGAAGCAGUAAAGAGGAAACAUAAAAAAAAACAACCAAAAAAACCCCAACAAACCCCACAGGAAACGAAGGCUCUCCGUGUCUUAUUUAUCGGGCUCUGCACUAACGUUGAAAACCGUGCACGUAUUUGUACGACUCGUACAUCGAGGAAAACACAACCGUCCUCACUCCGCGCAGAGUAAAGGCGCUUAAUGAAUACGAUUGAAUGAAUGAAAUUGCACUUCCCCGCCGUCGGUACGGCAGGCGUCGUUCCCGGCCCUUUCAAGGCGAAGACCCGAACGGAUGCUGCGGUUGAUAGCUCUGUAGGAUUUCUGUUACCGCUUUUAGUCGAAGCCAGCCCGCCUCCUCCCGAACAACCCCAAGACGUCUUCGUACCGAGGGGAAGAAGCCGGCGCGGUAACGGACAGAGAGAGGGACGCUUACUGUAGACUUCAUACCAAAAAAUGUGAAAAAGAAGCGCGUCGUCGACAUCUGCUUCGGAGAAUUCUUUUCAAUCAUCUGGGAGCCAGAACGUGUCGGCUUAGGUCGUGUUUAGGCGUUCUGAUUUUUGAAGAAUUUAUCCCUCAGUAAGGUUGGCUAACUGACCCAAAGCCAAUUAAAAGUUAACUUUUCACUUAGAGAUCAUUUAACUGUCGACUAUUAACCUUUUGCCCUGUCAGGAGACUGAAUGUUCUUACUAACUUAUUUGUAAAGACUGGUGCUGUUCAUUGUUCUGAGGGAUGUUUGCUUCUCGUGACUACAAGGACCAUUAAAAAGAAAAAAAAUUGCUUUCUUCACGGAGUAAAAGUUGAAUCGAGUGUUGAAUUGCAAAAUACUCGUUUGAACGACCAGGUCUAGUGGGUGUGACCAGGUUAGUUUGAGACGGCCUCUUGGGAGAGAAAUCUUAAACUCUUCGCUUACGCCUAAAACGCCUCCUGAAUGAAUGAAAAGGUUACCGUGCAUGUCGCUUUCAGUUUUUAGAUAAAUCGUUUAUCUUAUUUUUAACUACUGUUAGUAAUUCCAAAAUAUUGCUAUUCGGUUGGUCUCUUCACUGCAGACAAGCUGGCUUUGUGGGUGGCUUUUUUUCAUACUACCGUCAACUUUUUUUUUUUUUUAACAAUACAGAGUAUGCAGCCAUUUAAUGAAUCGCUCUCUUCCUUUUUACUUUUUUACAACUCUAUAGGACAAGCUAUAUUGUAAUGAUUAAAUUGCUCCUUUUUGAAUCAUCGCCCGACGUGGUCUGAAAACUAUUUUGACAGCAGGUUUUAAACCGUUUCGGUCGUUAAACUGAUUCGUUCCGCUUCCGACGUGGUAAUUUGAAGCCUUUGAAUAUAUUUAUAUUGUUUCCAUUUCAAUAACGUUAAUCGUACGUAGUUGUAAAUAAUCAUUACUGGAAUUUUUUCCAUCCUUCCUCAUUUUAAGUCUCCAUACCUAAUGCCGCUCUGGUGUUUGCUAGCUUUUUAAAUUAUUUAUUACAGGGCAAGGUGGGAGGGAGCGGGGGCGGCUGCCUCUCCGAAUUGAUUUUUGUCUUUGAAUACAUAAUAAAGGUCAGUAAUCAGUAGCAA